AUGAGGAAGGAAAGGGAACAAGCACUCUGGGCCGGCUCCAGCUCCCUGCCUUGGCGACCUGGCUAUAAGAGGAAGUGGUCAGCGGCAUUUGGAGCAGAGGCGGAGGACGAGGCCCAGGACAGCUGGAUCGUGAAGUCGCUGAGUGGGCUCAGGAUGAAGUUGAAGAAACAGCACGUGUUCUUGAUGCUGCCUGAACACCACGUGAUCUUCAACAAGAUGCUUGAGGAUCAUGUCGUUAAGAGAUUCCUGGCCUGGGACAGAAACCUGAAGGUAUCCGACAAGUAUCUCCUGGCGAUGGUGAUCGCUUAUUUCAGCCGAGCCAGCCUCCUCUUCUGGCAAUACUGGAGGAUCCAUUUCUUCAUAGCUCUCUACCUGGCCAGUAAGAUGGAAGAGGACAACCAGGCCCCCAAACAGAUCUUUUCGUUCCUCUAUGGAAGGAACCACUCCCAGCGUCCCUUGUUCCACAAACUGGUUUUCCAAUUCAUCUGUUCCAUGAACUGGAAGAUGAGGGUCACACAGGAAGAGUGUGAGAAGAUCCAAGCUUUUCACCCGAGGCUCUGGGUGUGGGAUCGAGAUCGUGCCCUCUUGCCCUAGGGGCCCCCCAGGACCACGAGGGCCUGAGAUCACCAGCCUAAGGAAAGAUCACCAGAGGAGAUGUGGAUUUUCAAGGGAAAGUCAAUCCAGACACUGAUGACAGCCACAAGGAAGGACAAGAGAAGCCUCUGUGCAGAUAAUGGGAAAGAACCCAGCAUCUUCUAGACUGAACUGAAGAGAGUUUUUGGUCGUACUCCUAGGAGCAGAGUGUGCUUCCAGGAGUCUUUGGUGGGACAAUAAGAAAUCAAGGUUUUUUUCAGAUUCUCUUCUUUCAUAAGGCACCACCCCAAUUUUCAGAUUAAUUCACAUCUCCCCCGAGUUAGAUGUUGGAGGCCCCGUUUUUAUACACUAGUUUGCUCUAAUCUAGAUUCAUGUGAAGGUGAAAUGUAGGGGCUUGGAAUAGGAAGGAAUUACUUUAAAAUAUAAAAUUAGAGCCAUAGCAUCAUGAUAGAUGACUCAAAGUUUUCCAUCAUCACUGGCUUAUUUUGAGAAUGUUGCCUGUAAAAUUAUUGUAUUUAUUUUUAUAUUUUAUUUUUAUAUAUCUACUUUAAAUAGUUUCAAAAUAGUCUUUGUUUUGAAAACAUGUUAUUCCUAGAAAAUUUUGUGAUGGAUAUUAUAGCUGUUGUGUGUAGGUAAAUACAAUUUUGUAUACAUUUUCAAGAGGUUUCUGUAUUUUUAAUCUAUUAUAUUUACAUAAUAUAUCGAUUCUACUUAUAGCUAGGUGGGUCAUUCCUCCUAAUUUUUGUAAACAUAAAUUUUAACUUCUAAAGUUCUUAUUAUUGAAUUGUGAAAAUUCAGUUGUAAUUUUUUUAACUUGUCUUGAGAUGUUUGUAUGUAAUUUUAGAUUAUUAAAGAGGAUAAUGCUGUGUAGCUUUUAGGGAAAUAUAAUAAAGAUGAAACUCUUUUCACACUCA